UGAGUUUAUAAUAAUUCAUUCACAGCGUGUUUUCUACKAAAAGUGUUCAGCUGCGGUUUAUUUGAGUAAUUUGAACGACAACGUCUUGACUUUAUCGUUUCUUGGCUUCGUGGAGCAGCCUAUUAUAUUUCGUCUUGUUUUCGCACUAAAUUAGUGAACAUCCUUUUUGACAUGACUUUGAAAUUGACGUGAGAUUUGCCGUCGAAUGCGACAUUUUCAGAACUAUUAAAUUUUUUGUAAAAUUGCUACGAAWAUCACUUGAGAAGAGUGUCACAUCUUAGCUUUUUUCAAUUGUUUCUUGCGUCAAAUUUCUGGAUUCCGUUUACUCAAGACCGGAUAAGCUUAUCUWAGUCGAGUUUUGUAGCAAUGGGAGAAAGGGAAAGAUUUUGCGUGGCUUGUAGUUCUCCCAGUCCUGGUCCAGCGAAACGUCUUUACUAUCAGCACAGAGACUUUGGCCCGUUUUUUCCCAUUCUCCAGGAACAACGACAUAAGUCCAACAACUUUCUGUUUAGUGGUGGACGAGCGCUUGUUUGUACAGGAUGUGCGAAUCAUCUUCUACGACAAUGGUCGGCCUACGAGCAAAAAUGGACACCUUUACCGAGAAGAACGUACUCUUUAUUAUCAGAAGAAAGAGAAGCAAAGAAGACGAUGAAAACURCCAGCAUAUCCAGUGAGAUGUCUCACAAUAGAUACGAUUUCUCGCCUACAAGGUCAACAAAAGGACCUUCUCAGGCCAAAGUGUUACAAGUUUACAACCCUGACGUCUUCAACAUUGACUCUUUAAGUCAAAAUGGAGGAUUUUCUUCAAGUUUUAUAACAGAAGACGCAAGUCCKUUUCGACGGGCUGUAAAACAAGUCACUAAACAAAACACAAGAGCUUUGAAUGAGACCAGCAAACUCUCUGAUGUACUGGACACUGUGAUGAAUCAAAACCGCUAUGCGAAAGAGCUCGACCAACAACCUUCAAACAAGAGUACCACUGUUAGCGAAAUUUUACCCAGAAARAAGUCACCGCCGCUGGCUCUACUGAGCCUGCCAAAUGACAACUUUCGUUCUAAAGUUCGCGAAGAACUACAAGAAAGUGUAGAAGUCAUGAUUAGAAAACUCGCYGAGAUUCAACAUGUUGAAAAUAUGCGUCGUUACGAACAUGAGCUUCAAGAAGCUGCACAACGCAUUUGUCGCGCGCAAGACCGCGAAAGUGACAUWGAUCGAAUGUGCCGUAAUCUUAAAAGGCAACUGCAGGAAGAAUUAAUGUUUCGAGAUGCGUCCCGCGUGCUUCGUGACGAACAGACGGCAGUUGGGUCAACAAAUGCKGCAAUUCAAACUAGUGAACCUAUUGUUAGCCAUACUGGCGUCGAGAGUGUUAUUGCAGCAAAGAAAGCCGGUUCUGAAUGGAAGGGAAAAGUGAAAAAGACUCGCAAGAAAGAAAUACAACAAAGUAGACAAACUCCUUCAAGGACACAAUCAGAGACGCUUCCACGUGAUAUUUUUAAAGAUCCUCCUCCGCAACCUCGAUCUGCGCAAAAUAUUGACGCRGUACUUCGAGAACUCGAAAAGGAGCGAGAAUGGCGCAAAAAGACCGAGAACGCGAUGAUCCGACAACAAGAAAUGAUCGACGAACUUCGGAAAGGAAUUCAAGGCGAUGUACAACGUUUAAUUGACGAACAGAAUCAUCGUUAUAAAGAACUUAAGGAGACCCUUACAUCUUAUGACAGCACGAAGAAAAAACAACCAAGAAGUCAGACAAGAACAGAAAGAAAGGUUUCACCUGCUGAMAGAACUAAAGCAAUGCAACCGACUUCCUGGAGACGUAAUAGUGACGAUGUUAGUUCUAUUCAUAAUGGAAACCAUAGCGAUGAUCAUGAUGAAACUGGUGAGGAUGAUGAUGAUAGUCAUGAUGACGAUUCAUCUCCACGAACACCGGAAUAUUAUAUUCACUAAACAUUAUUAUAUUAUUAGUGCAUUUAAAAUGCGUCCUGGGUAAAGGAAGGGGUAUCUAACGUACUCAUUACCUUCUUACUGUCUGAAUACAGAUUGUCGCCUUGCAUUUUAUAAUAGACCUUUUCUGCAAUAGCAUACACAUUGCAGUCUAAAUUCAUUGCAAACAUCUAUUGUUCACACAGCCAAAUAAGGUGUUUUUACAGAAGCUAGACCACAAUGCACCAUGUUUUUAUAUUUCAGAAAAGGUCUAUUAUUCCUUGUCACUAUGUAGUAUACCCUGCGAGCAGAGGAAUUUUUCCACUAUCUACGAAAGGAGAUCUUUCUUCGUAGAAGGAGGUGGAACAAUCCUCUGUUCGCAGGGUAUAUGUAGUAAGUCCAAGGUCUUGAUCAGCUGCUAGCAGUAGUAACUUUUGGCACUAUUUUGCUGUUCUUGCAAAAGUCUUUUUAUUUGAUAGUCAACAUUAUUCAUUUUCUACCUAUUAGUACUUCACAGUAAACAGCACAUUUUUUCUCUAUUUACAUUUUUUCUCUAUUUUUAAUUUCAAAUACUGUAUAUCACACUUCCAGUAUUUCACUUUUAUUCAUAAUUAUAUUAUAU